CCGAACAUAGCCAAACAUGCGCGUUCCUCAUCCGACAGCGACUGUCUACUGUCUGAUCAAAUUUGAACUGAGUUACUCUGACUUCCCCAAACUGUUCGACCGAUGAGACAAUCAUACAUGAAUGGCCAAGUUUGCCGAUGGAACUAAUGGCUAGUGCGCCUUUCGCCCGGUCCAGUCACUUCAUCGGGGUCUUCAUUUGCACCUCAGUGCUAAUUCUCCGCUCUAUCCCUCCAUUCACUUGUGGCGCCGUCCUGGGUCCCCGCAUUCUCUCGGGUGAUAUCACGGUCGUGUCUUCGCUUCCGCUGCUGCGCAUACAUAGCUUGCCCCAUGGACAUCCCCUUCGUGACUAUGAACGGGCAAGGGAGCGUCAGUAUAUAAGCUGUGGGCGAUUAGGAUUGCUGGUUCAGCAAGCAGUCUAGUGCGAUUAUGUCAUACCACCGCUUCCAGCCUCAAAUGCCGUGGUCGCCACCUGCGCGACAAGAUACGUGGUCCAUUAAGGGAGGUGUGUUGACUGAUGCGCUGCCGUUUGGCUUGGCCAACAACGCACACCGAGGAUCAGGGGAUGUUGAACGAAUCAAGGCCAUCAUGGAAUUAGCGGAGCGCGCGAGCUCGGGGGUUCACCAGGGGGAUCCCAGUUACCCCUCUGAUCGGAACGGUCACGGAAACAAUGACGAAGACCUACAACGUAUCGUGAAAGCCAUAGAGGAUCUCAACUCUCCAAAAAUUCCUUUCUUUUCCCGUCAUGGAGGUAGGAACGUGGAAACCACCCUUCCGGCCCUGGUUGGAUUCAUAAUGACGGCGCUCUACAACUCGAACAAUGUCGCCUCCGAGGCUUCUCCCGUGACAAGCUUAAUCGAGCUUGAAGUUGGCGAAAUGCUCUGCCAAAAGAUUGGGUUUUCAGCAGACAAGAACGUGGACAUCCACCCAUGGGCUCAUUUGACUCGUAACAACGACUCAGCUCUGAAGGAAAGCCUCGAAGUCGCUCGCAGGCUCAAGUUUAUCCCGCUGGCCCUGCGCAGCGCCAUCGACGAUGGACAGCUGGAAUUCCUCGGCGACAUGGCCAAGGUCACGCCAGCGGGUGCUGAAACCAAGCUUCUGAAGCAAUGCAGUGUCUGGGAGCUACUUAACACGCCUUCAGACGAGAUUGCCCGUAUGGUGGAUAGUCUGCAAGUGGAGUCCGGAAUCAGUGCCAAGCUCCUGCAAGACGCGAUUCGCCCGUAUUUGAUGGAGCAGACGAGGAUCUCGGAAAGAUAUAAUAUUGAUUCGGACCUGCCUCCCGGGUUCAUCGUCUCUUCCUCCCAACAGUUCCGGUGGGGCAAGUCGCAGGUGCAUUACGGUCCCGGCUACGACACUGUUCAAGUCGAUAACGCUGCACGACUCGACAUCCCCAAACUCGAUGCGCUUCUCCAAGACCGAUUAGACAAGAAACAGGCUGUCUGCGCUGUCGCUGUGACUGUGGGCACGAGGGAAGGUGCCGUUGACCCGCUCGAUCAAGUGCUCGCGCUCCGGGACAAGUACGAGCAGAUGGGGUUGAGUUUCCAAGUCUCUGUAGAUGCAUGCCGGGCUGGUUGCUUCCUUGAUGCAAUCUCCAGCUCCAACACAUCUUCGCUGAGCCAGCAUACCACUCGACAGUUGCAGGCUCUCAAACGGGCAGACUCGGUGAUACUCGAUCUAUACAGCGAUGGUGCUGCGCCUUCCCCCGCCGGGGCUGCUUGCUAUCGAAACUCGCGUGUCACCAAGAUGACGAUCGAUCCUACUGGUGUCUACGACGGCGAUACAGAACCGCAAGUUUCGUUACGCCAGACUGCGACAGUGCUGACUUCGUCUCCAGCGAUCUAUCACCGAUCUCAGCGGCGGCAGGACCUCUCGUUGACAGUCAAACAAAUGUCGAGGCACUGGUCAAUGAUCUCUGAAACCAGCAAAGACUAUGUGGUAGUCCCACUCAUUCCGCAGGUUAACGAUGGCGACUCGGCUCAGCAUGCGACCGAGAAACAGUUCGUUCACAGUCGGAUGAGUGGGCGGGCCCAUGGACAGUUCUACGCUGAUCCUGAUGCUAUGACCGCGGACAAUGUGGCUCCAGAUCUGAACGUCAUCGUCUUUGCCUCCAACUUCAUGCUUCAUGGCAAGCCGAACACGGAUAUCGAGGACGCCAACUAUUUCAACCACCGCGUUCGCGAUCUCCUGACGGUGGCCCAACAAAUCCCUUUCAGUGUCAACUCGAGUGUCAUGGGGGCCGAGUAUGAUUCUUGUGUACGCGAGUAUCGGAAGCGCCUGGGACUGGAAACAAUGUCCACUCAAGAUCUCCUGGUUUUGAGCAGCGCAAUCACCUUCCCAGUACAUGGCCCGACUGUCGACAGCAUGGAACUCGCCCGCCAUAUUUUCGAGGAAGAGGCCAGAGCUGCGAUCGAUCGGGCGACCGUCAAACCUCAGAUUCAUCGGUUCAUCAUGUUUGGGCGGGGCGACAUCUAUCUGACAAACGAGCCUCUGUUCCAUAAUGCGAACGGUCGCAUGCACCUUGUGAUGCAUGCGGAACUAUCUGAAAGAGCGAUCAAAAGCGUGCAAGUUACCAUUCCCGAUGCUUCUCUGAACGGGCUCUUCACUUGCAGAACUUUGCACGAAACGACACUCGAUGAGAUCGUGGCUUCCAAAGAGAUACAGGUCGUGUUUGAUCAAUGUGAAUCUGAGACCGUAACAUUGAGCGACCUCAAAGUCGUCAAGAUUCGCUCUCUCGAGUCCCGUUGGCGGGACGAGUCGUACAAUCAGCGGUCUACUCCGUUCUAUGCAUUUGGCAGUCCGGAGGAGAUCCACAUCGAGCAUAUGUUGCUUCACGCUCAGAACACACAGAUCUCCGCCGACCGCGUCAAACUCGAGGUCCAGCCGCCGUUGAGCGCCGAGCAACUGGCGCGUGGAGUCCGAAUUGAGCUCAUGCGGCCGGAAAUGUCGUUCCUGCCCCCCACGGAGGAGAACUCGCCGGACCGGGUGUUCAAGCGCGGCGCGUCGUUCGAUGUCGUUGUCUUCGACGAUCCCCAUGCGCCGGAUGCCCACGGACCCGGUCUGGCCGAGGGAGGAGAUGAGCUCGGCCGUGGGCGGAUCGAAUUGUCCGGCGGUGUCCGUGUCGACUGGAAAUGCCUCAAUCAGCAGGAUUUCGGUGUCGCGCCCUCGACCACCCGAAAGACUAGCCCGCCUCCUCCCAGCACUCCCUCCGAAACUUGGGGAUAUCAGCGUCAUGAUAACAUCCGUUUCGGGCAACACGGUCAUGGUGGGGGGCAUGGAUUCCGUUAUUGAGCCGAUUCCGGACGAAUGUGAGGUCCAUGAGGUGUGGCGUGUGAUCAGUAGAGCAGUCAGUUGCAUAAGCCAAUAGCUGCAAAAAGCACAGGCAACACUGGUUCUGUGAAUCGGAAGCAUGAUGGACAAAUAGUUGAUUGAUCACGUGGGCAAAGAAUAUGCGGGAUCCCAAGGUCAAUUGACACGGAAUCAACUUGAAAUCAACGUUUCUCGCUCUUACAGCUCGGCGUAGGUCCGAUUCUAGCUUGACCAAGGCCCCUCCGCGAAACCUUUUGGGCUCUCGCGGAAUGCUCCAGCGCCAUUAGUCGCGCGAUUGUUUUCUGCUGCGUGCCCAUCCGUCCACAGCUCGCUGAGCGCAUCCUCUCCAUUCAUCCUGUUGUUCUCAGUCAAACCUAUUCUCGAUGUGGCGCUCAAUCAUGUGCUGGCGGCCUAGCCUUGGUGCGAACCACUGGGAUCCCACGCGUUUAGGCCCCUCUUCCUAUUCUCAAUCGGCGCUUGCUCGGUCGUGAGGGCCAUAUUGCGGCCGCAUACUCACUGUCGCCACUCUGGAUCGCUCUCAUGGCACUGGAAUUAUGACAUGGGCACUUUCGAACGCGUCCUAUAAAUGGCUGAGAUGAGAAGGGAUCCGGUUCAGCACAGGCCAGACUGCGCAGACCACGAUGGCCUCUACCAAUAAUCAGCAACUUGAUACUAUCCAACUCGACCCCUCGAUUAUCUCAACAUGGUUUCAAGGUACUGGCCCUCCUUUCCAUUCUUCCUCCAAACCCCGCGAGGGUGACGAUGCACACCUUAGGACCAGGGGAAGCGAGUUUCGAUCUGUUCAAGUCGACCUUCCAAGCUGUUCUUGAUGCUGCGACGUGGCCGACCGGCGGCGGAGGCCUGGAUUUCGUUGAGAAGGAAGUGGAUUUCGCGUCACAGCAGAACGCGGACGCCGUGCUUUACAAGCAGAUGACGGCUGCAAUGAGUGGUGCUGGGGCGGGUUCGAUGGUGUCGCGCGUAUCACAGUAUCGGGGCUACAUGGGUAUGAAUUUUGAAACCACCAUGCCAGCCCUCGCUGCUUAUAUGGUCGCGAUGCUUUACAACCAGAAUAACGUUGCCACUGAAGCAUCUGCUGUGACCACGGUUAUCGAAUAUGAAGUCGGUGAAGACCUGAGUAAAAUGCUUGGGUUUUCUAAUGGCCAGGAUAAAUCUUGGGGCCAUCUGACUGUUGACGGUGAGAUCGCUCAGGGAGAGGUGCUCUCUACUGGAAGCAACUUCAAGAACAUUCCGCUCGCCCUGCGCAGUGCUAUCGACGAUGGAAAGCUUUCGUUCAUCGCCGACUUCCUCCAGGUCACGCCGGCAGGUCCUGCUGGCACUCAACCCAAGUUCCUCAAGGACUGCAGUGUCUGGGAGCUGCUCAACAUCCCUCACAUCGAGACGCUCAACCUCCUGGAUAGUCUCCGGCUGGAUUUUGCCGUCGAUGUCGACUUCUUGCGGGACACGCUUCGCCCGUAUGUGACUGCUGAGGAGGCGCUGUUCCAGAGACAUGGUAUCACUCAGCCGCCCCAACAUCUCAUGUCGGCCACCAAUCAUUAUUCGUGGGCCAAGGGUGCAGCCAUCCACGAUCUCGGGGCCGAAGUUUUGGACGUUGAGGUGGACCUUGACGCGCGAAUCGAUAUCCCCAAGCUCGAUGCAUUGCUCCAGGACCUGUACAAGAAGCAGCAGGCCGUGAACAGUAUCCUUGUCAGCUAUGGAACGUGGGAGGGAGCGAUCGAUCCGAUCUCCGAGGUGCUCCAGCUUCGCGACAAAUAUGCCGAGCUUGGUUUCAUCUUCUUUGUAUAUGCAGAUUCUCCUUGGGGCAGCCCGCAGCCGGCAUCCAGCGCACCGCGUAGUGCCAUGACCGCCGAGCAGUACGAGGCACUGGCACAGGUUGAUGCUGUGUCUACAGACCUCUAUCGGAGAGGAGCCGUGCCGCUUCCUGCUGGCGCUGUGUACUAUCGGGACGGGCGACUUGCCCACUGGAAACAACUCUUUGACAUCAGGCAGCCGGAAAUGAACAGUCCGGUAGCGAUGUCGGCGCAAGCAUAUUUCAAAUUCGUUGGAUCUCAAGAGGUCGGCCCGACCCUGAACAGUGUGCUUCCGUGGGCAUCAGCCAGACUGUCGGCCCAAUGGGCAGCCAUGUCAGACAACACGACGGAUUAUAUCGUGCUUCCUCUUACUCCGCUGGUUAACGAGGGCGACUCGGCGAAAGAGGCGGCUGAGAAACAGUUCAUUCGCAGUCAGAUCAUUGGGCUGACUGAUGACCAAAUUUUCUCCAAUCCGGAAGCCAUGACUGAGGCCAAUGCACUGGCGCCUGAUCUGAGCAUCAGCGUAUUCGCGUGCAACUUUAUGUUGAACGGGCAACCAAACACAGAUGUGGAGGACGCCAGCUAUCUCAGCACCCGUCUCGUCAACCAGCUUCAUUCGCAACAGAUUCCAUUCCGCGUGGACUCGAGCGUCAUGGGUCAGAGGUACGAUUCGUGUGUUGUCAACUAUCGGAAACGACUUGGAUUGGAAACAGACUCGUCUGAAGACCUGGUCGUGCUGCGUACCAUGCCCACGUUUUCGGGGCUGGGCUCGAUCGAUAGCGUCACCAGUGUCGUGCAGGGCAUUCUCGAACAGGAAGUUAAGGUGGUCCUUGAUCGGGCCACGGUGCAGCCUCAGAUCCACUGGUUCACCGUGUCUGGGCAGGACAAUAUCUACCUGACGAGCGAUCCGUUGUUCCACAAUGCGAACGGCCGCAAGCACUUGAUCAUCAGCGCGGAUAUGCUCGACACCACGGUCAAGAGCCUAUAUACCACGGCCCGGUCCAGCUCUCCCGGGCAGCUCUAUCGUUGCCGGACGCUGAAUGAGAUGACGUUGGACGAUAUCGCUACCGCCAAAGACAUACAGGUCGUGUUUGACGGAGACGCAUUCUCGAGCCACCCUUCGAUCACACUUUCCAACCUGCAGGUGAUCAAGAACCGCCCUCUGGACGCUCGCUGGCGCGACGCCCAGUUUUCCAACACUUGCAUUCCGUUCUACGUCUUUGGUACUCCGCAGGAGAUCAACAUCGAGCACAUGCUGCUUCGCGGGCGAAACGCGCAGCUCUCCGCCGACCGCGUUACACUGCAGGUCCAGCCUCCGCUUACUGCGGACCAACUGGCGCGCGGCGUACGCCUGGAGAUCGCGCGUCCCGAGACCUCGCUUCUGCCCGCCAGCGCAAACAAUCCGCCCGAGGGCAUCUUCAAGCCCGGCGCGUCGUUCAACGUCACUGUCUUCGACGACGUCAACGCUCCAGAUGCCCACGGGCCCGGCUUGGCUCUUGGCGGGACCCAGCUCGCCCAGGGGACGGCUACGCUCGCAGGGGGCGUGUAUGUUGACUGGAAGCAGAUCAACCAGCAGGAUUUCACCGCUGUGGCGGCUAGCAGUCCUCCUCCUCCGCAGCAGCAGCAGCAGCCGUCGUCUGGCUCGGCGACCGGCCAGGUCGUGGCCGGCUUGAAUAGUGCUGGCGCGACUGUGGGCUCGGCCACAGGCCAGGUUCUGUCCGGCUUGGGAGCAAUCCAGGUGCCGACUGUCCCAGCUUGGUUUCCGCAGCAUCGAAGACUUUUGGAUUUUGAUUGCUGCUCGUUCAGGCUAAUUGAGAUUAUCGUUCUUUGUAUAAUUGGAAAUCAAUAAAUGUGUUUCAAAA